GUGUUAUCCACAAACUGUGAAUUAGAAUCGACUGUGUAGAGAGAGUGAAGAAGAAGAAGAAGAAAGAGAAGAAAGGAUGGGAUCGGUAUUGUCAUUCUUUUUAGGAGGGGACGCGGCGGCGGCAUCGGAGGGGUCAUCGGAGGGGUCUCUAGUGACGUCGUUUCACUCGGCAGCCAGGUGGCAGCUCCACUUGAAUUCCAUGAAGGAGAGCUCCCAACUGCUGGUGAUCGAUUUCUCGGCGUCGUGGUGCGGGCCCUGCAAGUUCAUUGAGCCGGCCAUCCACGCCAUGGCGGAGAAGUUCACCGACGUUUACUUCGCCAAGAUCGACGUCGACGAGCUAUCUGAAGUGUCUCAACAGUUUGAGGUGCAGGCAAUGCCGACGUUUGUGCUUUUGAAGAAGGGGAAGGAGGUGGAUCGGGUUGUCGGUGCCAAGAAAGAUGAACUUGAGAAGAAGGUUGAGAAGUUCCGUCACUCUGCAUAAGCUAAGUUUUCAUUUCAGUACUUAUAAGUUUGUGAUUUACUAAUUGUUACCAAUCAUUGCUCAGAUUUCUCGGGUUGAUUCAAAAAAACUUAUUAUUGUUCUAGGAUAUUCUCUAUGUGUGCCUUGGCCUUAUGCCAAUAGGAUAUGUAGUUAGACUAGAUCUAUGUAUUCAUAUCCUUACCAUAUUGGUAUUGUAUAAUUCCCUAUAUAAAGGGCUCCUAUCAAUGAAUAAGAUGAUGAUUCUCUUGCU